AGGAAUCCAAUCAGAAAACACAGUUCAGCCGUGUCCUCACGGCUAACAACAAAAAAAGAAACAAGGAAAAGUCCCAAUUUAGGGCUCCUAAAACCUAAUUAAAUUUAGUUAGGUCAAUAGUUUACAGUGUUCGUGGUAUUUUAAGCCCAAACGCUAAUCCAAGAUGGCGGACAAAAACAACUUGCUGCUGUUCUUCGACCGCCCCACGGAGCCCUGCUUCAUGCAGAAGGGCGACGACAAGACCGUCUUCCAGAUCCCGGACAACUUCUACCCAGAAAAGUACAAGAAGGUGGGCAACCAGCUGGCCGACCGGUUCGGCACGGACGCGGGCCGCAUGGUCCCUGUCCGCAACAUCGCGCUGCCGGACCUCAGCCUGCCGCAGCAGCUGCCGUACCACAACCAGUUCUCGCUGUUUGUGCCGAAACACAGACGGAUGGCUGCCAAGCUGAUUGAUAUUUUUAUGGGAAUGCGUGACGUGGAGGACCUGCAGUCCGUCUGCAGCUACUGCCAGCUCCGCAUCAACCCCUACAUGUUCAACUACUGUCUGUCAGUCGCCAUGCUGCACAGACCAGACACGAAGGGCCUGUCGCCGCCGACGCUGGUGGAGACGUUCCCCGACAAGUUCAUGGACCCCAAGGUGUUCCGCCGCGCGCGCGAGACCUCCACCACCGCGCCCGCUGGGGAUAGGAUGCCAGUCCUAAUCCCGGUCAACUACACGGCCUCCGACGCUGAACCGGAACAACGCAUCGCGUACUUCCGCGAAGACAUCGGCAUCAACCUGCACCACUGGCACUGGCACCUGGUGUACCCCUUCGAGGCGGCCGACCGCGCCGUGGUGGACAAGGACAGGCGCGGCGAGCUGCUGUACUACAUGCACCAGCAGAUCAUCGCCAGAUACAAUGCAGAGCGUCUGUGCAACAACCUGGGCUUCGUGACGCGCUACAACGACUUCCGCGGGCCCAUCGCCGAGGGGUACUUCCCCAAGAUGGACUCGCAGGUCGCCAGCAGGGCCUGGCCUCCUAGGUUCUCCGGCACCACAAUCCGCGACCUGGACCGCCCUGUGGACCAAAUCCGCUCCGACGUCUCCGAGAUGGAGACCUGGAGGGACCGCUUCAUCCAGGCCAUUGACAGCGGCACUAUUGUUCUGCCCAACGGCCGCACCCAACGCCUCGACGAGGAGACUGGCAUCGAUGUGCUCGCCAACCUCAUGGAGUCGUCCAUCAUCAGCCGCAACCGCGCCUACUACGGGGACCUGCACAACAUGGGGCACGUGUUCAUCUCCUACGCUCAUGACCCCGACCACCGGCACUUGGAACAAUUCGGCGUGAUGGGAGACCCGGCCACGGCCAUGAGGGACCCGAUCUUCUACCGCUGGCACGCGUACGUCGACGACAUCUUCCAGAGAUACAAGGCCACACUACCUGCCUACACCAGGGAGAGACUGGACUUCCCAGGCAUCCGCGUCUCCUCCAUCGCCAUCUCGGGCCGCACUCCGAACCAGUUCUCGACGCAGUGGGAGCAGAGUUCCGUGAACCUGGCGCGCGGGCUGGACUUCAUGCCGCGCGGCGCCGUGCUGGCGCGGUUUACUCAUCUGCAGCAUGAUGAGUUUGAGUACACCAUCGAGUGUGACAACACAACUGGCCAAGCAGCCAUGGGUACCGUCCGCAUAUUCCUGGCGCCCACCACCGACCAGGCCGGCAACGCACUCAACUUCGAGGAGCAGAGGCGACUCAUGAUCGAGCUGGACAAGUUUACUCAGGGAUUACGCCCCGGCAGCAACACCAUCCGCCGUCGCAGCAUCGACUCCUCAGUCACCAUCCCCUACGAGCGCACAUUCCGGGACGAGUCCCAACGCCCCGGAGACGCUGGCUCGGCUCAGUCAGCAGACUUCGACUUCUGUGGCUGCGGCUGGCCUCACCACAUGCUGAUACCGAAGGGGACUCAGCAGGGAUGGAACUGUGUGCUCUUCUGCAUGAUUACCAACUGGAAUGAGGAUCGGGUGGAGCAAGACACGGUGGGCACCUGCAACGACGCGGCCUCCUACUGCGGUAUCCGGGACCGCCGCUACCCGGACCGCAAGCCCAUGGGAUUCCCAUUCGAUAGACCAGCGCCAUCUACCGGCAGUUUGGGAGACUUCUUGACGCCCAACAUGACCGUGCAGAACUGCAGCAUCAGGUUUACUGAUGCGGUCAGGCAGCGCCAGCAGCGGUAGAGUGGAAGAGAUGGAGACAUGGUUCAUACGUUACGAGAGCUCUAGCUAAACUUAAACACACAAUGAAAGCUGACUGUAAAUUUGUAGUACUCCUGUAGAUUUUACCUUCAAAAUGAGAGAGAAACCUACCAUUAUUAUUUAGGCACUAUAAUCAUUAUAAUCUUGGAAUUCAUGUUUAACGACAUCGAAUAAGAUUAGUGCCGGUCAAAGGUAUAUGAGAUUUUUCGUUUCCUGAAUUAAAAAUCCUGUAACGUCAUAAAAUUAAGUAUGAACCAUGAUUUGCUUAAAAUUAUUAUAGUUUCAGGUGCCUGCGUCCACCUCAAUGUUAUUUUUUAAAUGUUCCCUCUCUCUAUUUAAACUGUGUACUUAAUUAUUUACUAAAAUAUCCGAGGAAGGUGUUGGUACCUGAAAUAUCGACUUUUGGCUAUGAUACACGGAUUUGAUUAUGUCAUUUAAUAUUUUACUUUACAUAAUUUAAUAUUCACUUCUAAUAAAAUUAAAACCUAUACUAUUGCAUGUUAGUUAUUAAAGUAAAUAAAAAGGGUCUAACUUAAGAAUUCUUAGCUGUAACUCUGUAAAUAUCUACUAUGUAAAUAUUACAAUUUAAAAGACUGAAUAAACUAAAGCCUUUCACCAA